AUGUCAAGCGAUGUAUCAAUCAAUGAACCAAUAGAUGAUCAAUAUAACACAGUCCUUCAUAAAGCUGUGAAGAAGGGAGACGAGAAGAAGACUCUUAAAUUAUUGAAAAGGGGAGCAAAUCCGAAUAUACCAGACUUGGGACAUUUGAGAACUCUCCAUUUGGCUGUGAAAUAUGGUCAUCUUCAUCUGAUCCCAAUUUUAGUGGAAUAUGGAGCUAAUCUUGAUCUCAAAACGCACGAAGGAUACAGAGCAAUACAUAUGCUGGUGGAAUCACCAAAACAAAUUGAGUGCUUAGAGCAACUGCUUGCUCUAGGUGCAGAUAUAAACAUAAGAGAUUCAUCGGGAAACAACUUAUUAUUUUUAUUUUUAAAAUCGGACAUUAAAGACGUAUCGUUAUUCAAGAAGUUGCUGGAGAAUGGUGCCGAUGUCAAAAACACGGAUUUAUUGAGGAGCAACGGUCUUCAUAUUCUAGCAUCGAAGAAGAAGAUCAACUCUUGCAUAACAAAAGUUAUAGCGGAAGGUCUCAUUGCUCAAGGUAUCGACGUGAAUGCGAAAGACUUUUUUGGAGAAACGCCUCUACAUCUAGCAUCCCAUGGUAACAAUGCAGAAUUGUUGAGCAUUCUUCUACAUAACAACGCUAGAAUGGACUUGGUUAAUGAUAAAAACAUGACAGCAUUCCAAACAGCUGUCGAAGCUAAAAAUUCUACUGCUUUAUUGGUCAGAGGUUUCAUAAAAAGGUCACACCAUAUACCAAUUGAUGAUCCAGUAGAUGAUCAACGUAAUACAGCUCUUCAUGUUGCAGUGAAAAAGGGGGACGAGAAAAAGUGUUUAAAAUUAUUAAAAAGGGGAGCAGAUCCCGAUGCACGAAACAUAGAAGGUUUAACAACUCUCCACAUGGCUGUGAAAUAUGGUCAUCUUGAGCUGAUGAAAAUUUUAGUAGAAUAUGGAGCUGAUACGGAACUGCAAACAAACCUAGGAUAUAGAUCUAUACAUAUGGUGAUGGAAUCGCCAAACAGGAUCGAAUGCCUAGAGAAACUGCUUGCUCUAAGAGCAGAUAUAAACAGAAGAGAUUGCAUGGGAAACAGCAUAUUAUUUUUGCUCUUAAAAUCGGAUAUAAAAGAAAUUACAUUUUUCAAGAAGUUACUGAAACACGGUGCUAAUGUCAACAAUAGGGACACCUUGAAAAGCACCGGUCUUCAUAUUCUAGCAUCGAAAAUAAAUAUCAGUUCUUACCUAACAAAAGUUAUAGCGGAAAGUCUUAUUGCUGGAGGUAUUAACGUGGAUGCGAAAGACUUUUUUGGAGAUACUCCCUUGCAUCUAGCAGCCUUUGGGAACAACCCACAACUGUUGACCAUUCUCCUACGAAACAACGCUAGAUUGGACUUGGUUAAUGAUAAAAACUUGACAGCAUUCGAAUUGGCUGUUGAGUUUCAAAAUGGUGAUGCUGUAUUUGCAAUGCUGAAACAUGCUGUUCUCAACAGUUAUAUUGGCAAGCCAAAUGACGAAAAAAUGAUGAAGAAUAUCAUGUCAGAUCUAGAACUACUUACAUGUUUCGAACGAUUAAAAAAAGAGUUGGAUAUACUCAAACGGAAAAAAAUAUUGGAUUUCACAGUUUAUGAAAUAUUAUGCAAGAAGGUGGAGGAAAUCAUGGACUAUACUAGAGGUGUUGACAAUUUUGUGGUUCUAUCGCACCCUUUCGUUGUAUGGUCUAGUUUCAACAGAGAAAUAGUGAUUAAUUGGAACCUAGCCAAAAAUACAGCCAGGGAUGUACCUAUAAGAGAAGUUUUAAUAUAA